UGCUUUGUUUAAUAAGGCUGCAUAUAAUAUUGGAGGGCAAGUCAUUACUGCCAACUGCAUUGAGUACUCCAUUUUGGGUUGUCGGACAUCUCGGAUGGGUCGUUGGCUUGAAACUAUACUCUCAAAUGCUACGAGGAAGAAAUCUGGGGAAGACAAGCAGCUUAUCUGGUCCAAAAUGGGUCUCCCUAGUUGCCAUCCCCUUGUUUUCUUUGCAAUCUGCACCGGAGCUUCCUCGGACCCCAUCCUAAGAGUCUACAGUGCCAAGAAUGUGACAGAGGAGCUGGAGAAAGCCAAGAAGGAAUUCCUUCGAUCCCACGUUGUGGUCAAGAAAUCUAACAAAGUUUUUCUGCCAAAAGUCCUCGAUAGAUAUGCAAAAGAGAUAUGCACCAACUGUGACAAUUCUACAAGCUUUAAUAGAUAUGCAAGCUUUAAGCCUAUCAAGCAUGUUAAACUAAAAAUUCUACAAGCUUUUCUUAGGAAGUUGGCAAUUUUCCACUAUUGGUUAAACUCAUAUUCUAAAGAACGUUUCAUUUUAGCUUUCUUUCUGCAAAUAAUUUUGAAGAAACGUUGCAUUUCUGCAACAACAGUGUUUUUUGCAAGACAGCGUUUGCAGAGAAGAAAGCGUUUCAUUUUUGCAAGCUUUCUUUCUGCAGUUUGA